CUUUCUCUGGGUCAGAAAGGCUGAAAGGCCUAGCCCUAGAGAGCAAGGCCAGGAAGAGCCCAGAGUUCAGAGCCCAAGCGGGGAAGGUUGGUGGCCAGCUGUGAAUUGUGGAGGCAAGGGCCUUGAGGGAAGGCCCAGCACCCCACACCAAGGGGAGACCCGAAUAGUUGAGCCUCCCAGGAAUGGCUAUACUUUAAAAUACAGAGAAGACAAUGUUCGACCCAAGGAAAUAAAUAUGAACGGUGCUAUUUUAGGUAUGUAGUAAUAUUUGGUGGCCUAGGGGAGGUGAGCUUCCUGGUUCCCUCAAAUUUUUAAACCAGUGCUGGUAAAGAGAGUCGGGAGAGGCUCAUUUGAAGUGGGGCCCCUCGGGUCAGGGAGCCCGAUGGGCUGUGUCCUGUAGGCUUUUCUGUACUAAUGGGGAAGACGAAAGCCCACAUUGUCUGCCCAGCUAUCUGCAGGCAGGCCCAGCUGAGGCUUUGCUGGGGCACAGAGCCUUGGGGAAAGUAGGGCCUGGGGCCGCCGGGUCCCCUGUGUGGGCUCAGCCUCAGCCUGCCAGGAAGCGGUUCCUGUCUGUCUGGGGACACUGGGGCAGGACAGGGGAGAGGUGUUGGGCUGGGCCAGCUGACUGCUGGUGUCCUGGUCCUCGCCCUCUGAGCGUGCAUGGGUGGGGGCAGUGGCCACAGCAUUCCUGGCUGGGAGCCCAGAGGAGUCUUUUGUAAUCACAACAUGAUCUCGUGUGCUGAGAAGCGAAGCCGGCAGGGAGAGGCCAGCAGAGGCCCGGCAGAGGCCCGGCUCCGUCAGCUACGGCGUCCCUCUUGCUCUGGCUCCCCUGAGGCUGCUCUGGAAUUCUCUCUGUGCCUGCUGUUGCCAUGCACUCAGCUGGACCUCAUGGGGCUGAGUCCCCAGUGAGCAAGCAAGAAGAGAAGGAUGCAGAGCUGGACAGGAGAAUAGUUGCCCUUCGCAAGAAGAACCAGGCCUUACUACGCAGGUAUCAGGAGAUCCAGGAAGAUCGUCGGCAGGCAGAGCAGGGGUGCAUGGCUGUGACCACUCCAGAGGUUCUCCGACCUGACAGCCUCACUGUCACCAUCAGCCAGGAGAAGCGCGUGGUCAGCCGGAACUGGUCAAAGAGCACGCUUGGACCUGGAGCAGCCACUGAGAUGCUCGAAGAUGAGAUGGUGCAAGACCACACUGGUACUUUUUGCUCUGGAGAGCGAGUAGAGCUGGCAGUGACCAUGGAAAACAAAGCCAAGGCCAAGCGGAUUGUACGUGAGAAGCCCUCCAGAGCAAGGAGCCAGUGUGGAGCAGAAGGGUCACCUGGAGAGGGCUUGGGCCGGGACCCCUCCAUGCAGAUGGCCGUCAGCAUGGAUUCUGCACGGAAGGGAGCUCAGGAACCCCCGAGUCCAGGCCUGGUCCCAGGCCCAGCUCCCCACCAGCCAGUACGGGAGGCCCUGGAGGUGAACUGGGACUAUGCUCAGUGGAAGCAGGAGCGGGAGCAGAUCGACCUGGCCCGCCUCGCCCGGCACAGAGAUGCACAGGGUGACUGGCGCCGCCCGUGGGACCUGGACAAGACCAAGCCCACGCUACAGGACUUCAGCAAGCCUCGGAAAGGGGGCCCAGGCAGGGCGGGCAGCUCCAGGGGUCCCAGGAGUCACCAAAAGCUACAGAUCCCACCAUUGUCCCCUGAUAGCAAAGGUGGUACUACUUGGGGUGGUCAACCAAGCAGACUCUUGGUGGCACCGGCCACAUGCAGCAAAGCCCGGGGAACAGAGAGGCUGACUGGCAGGGCCCGCAGGUGGGAGACAAAGGAAGACAAGGAGGAGGUAGAGAGCCAGGAGAGAAGUCAAAGCAUCAGCGAGACUCUGAAUGAGAAGGAACAUGCACAGAUGCAGAGCAGGAUGGAGCAAGGAAGACCCCCGAGUGCCCUGGCAACCAGCCCAGCCCCCACAUCUCCAGAGGGGCCAAAAAGGGAGUCAGGAGCUUCAACAGCCAGUCCAGGCCCUGGCUCUACACAAAACACUGACUUGGUUCCCCUUGACCUUUCUCUAGGAGGCACUAGUAGCUCUGGGCCUGGGAAGAGUACAUGUGUGCUCAGUCCAAGGCCUGGUGCCGAGGAGAACCCUGUGUCCUGGCCGGAUAGUUCUGAGCAGCCCCUGGGGUGGAAUGAUCCCCAGGUUGAGCCAGAAGUCCAGACUUUCUCUGAAUCACAAAGAGGAGCAGGGCCCCUAGAGCCCAGAAAAGAUAGGUCUGGCAAGGCUGGGGCCCAGCAGUCCCUGGCACAACGAAGCAGACCCACCAGAGGAAACAGCCAAAGGGCGAGGGGCACAGGAGGUGCAGCAUCUGGUGUAUUCCUGUGCCACACCCGGUCUCUGAGGCUGAUGAGCCUUGUCCCGGGACUACUGCUGAUUAGGCCACGAGCUUCCCCUGCAUGGCGAGAGAACAAGCACUUAGCACUUGGCUAGCCUGGCCUUCCUUUCCAGCUGCCAGCUGUCAGCUCCUCAGGUGCAGGCAGCCUCAGCAGCUGGCAUGGCCAGCCCAGGCCUGGCCCUUUUCCCACACCUCUGCCUUGCACCCAGGUGACUCAUAGCCCCAGACACACAGAGUGGCGAAACCAGGGGAAUCUCACCAAUUAGCUGGAAGCCUCCUGCCUUCUAUAAGAGAAGGCUGAGGCCCAGAGAAAGGAGGCCAUAGCAGGCAGGGACUGAGCUGGGGCUAGAAGAGCAGAGCUCAGGUCUCCUCAGCAAAAGGAAGGGCACCUAGAAAGGCCUCCUCUCUGAAGUCGGGUUGGGGGAGGACAGCCUCCUCUCCCCACAGUAGGGUGGGAGAGCUCACCAUCAGGGACUCCCUCCCCCACACCCAGGUCGGACACUGUGUGCACACUGAAUAUGCAGGGGCAGCCCUGCAUACCAGGGUCAUUUCCUGUCAUCUCCUAUUUCCUUUUCCCACCACCUCCCUGCACCAUGGUCAGGCAAAAGCAAGGAUUCAGACAAGGACUCAGAGAAGAGAAACAUCAACUCUAGCUAAGUACAACAUCAGGACUUGUCUUUCCUUCUUAAGUUUCCAUUCCUGCCCCUCCCCUGAGGCCCACGUCUAGUGAAUUAUCCAGACUCCGCACAAGCUGUGGCUUCCUCUCAAUUCAACAAACAUUUCCUGAGCACCCACUACCAGCAAUGCAGCUGGUGGGCGAUGGCAACUUUGCCAGCAAGAGGGAGGAAAGAAACCGUCAUCCGGCAGAUCCAGGCUGCACAGUAGGAGCUGUUCUUGGCUGUAGGUGCCUGACAGAGGCUGAGGAUGGUGGUAGGAGCCCAAAGGGAGCCAUCCCACCACUGUUCACAAAGGCAGGUACUCCUCCCUUUCUCAUCAUGCCUGCCCUUUGCCCCCAAGCCUUUGCCUGAAUCUCUCUUUGUUUGGCCCCCUCUGUGCCCCUCCUCUCUGGUCCUGCUGGGUUGUUCCUCUCUGCUGAGGGUCCUGGCCCUCAUCAGCCUCCCUGGGUUCUCUCAGAGGUGUCCAGAUCAUCCCCAAGAUUUCUCCACUGUCAAAGAAAGGCCUUAACCAUGGGGUCACAGCCUUGGGCUUCCUCACUGGCUCUUAUUCCCCCUCUGCCCUUCUGGUGAAUUAUCCAGACUCCGCCCAAGCUGUGGCUUCCUCUCAGUUCAACAAACAUUUCCAGGAAGUGUGAGGAGGGGAUCAGAUUGUUUAGAGCAGUGCUUCUCACGUGCUAGGACAUAGAGUAAUGCAGAUUUUAAGUCAGUAGGUCUGGGGUGGGCCUGGAAAUUUGCAUUUCUAAUGCAUCUCUAGGUGAUGCCUAGGCUGCUGAUUCCCAGACCACUAAGGCUUUGGACUAGGAUACAUGGAGGGCUGGGGCAAAGGUAGACUCUAAACUCUCAUUGCUCAGUUGCUGGCUACAUAGGGAAAGGGGGAGCACUGCCCCUGCGGGUAGGAGCUUCCUGGCUUCAUGGUUGGGUGGGAAGCUGAGGCACUUAGGAAGAUGCUUGACAGACCAGUGAGUGGUGAUGCCCACUUCCUGUAGUAGAGAGAGUGAGAAAGCUGGGUGGGAAUGGGAUGAAGCGAAGGGAGGUUGAAGAGGUUGAAGAGGUUGCUGUGGGGUUGAUCGUGGGGUUUUGGAAAGGCUUGGGAACAUUCUUACGUAUGUGGGAGGAAGACCCCUGUGAGAAUGAAUAGGCAAAGAGUGGAAGAGUCCCAGCUCAAGUUUUCCUCUUGCCUUCUAGUCACAUACAGUUGGCUUUGGAGCAUGGCUCAGGCCCUGGAACCCAUGUCUCCCAAAGGAUAAAGCUGGGGUGAAGCAGGUUCAGGAAGUCUUUGAAUGUAGAUGUUUCCAAGAAUAACUGUGAUAAAGAUUUCGAAUUCUAAGAGUCACAAACUGCACCCAACCCCCAAUGCUGCCAUCUCUACAGAUGUGCCUUCGUUCAAGGGUAUGUGCCAAGGCAUGUUUGAUUAUGGGAUGAGGAUGUAGUAUUUGCGCAUAGCUCUGGUUCAGCCUUCACAACAGGACUUAAGCAGGAGAGAAAGCUGGGCAGAAAGGCUAUGGUGAGAUAGGGCUUUACUCCUAGAGGGUAACAUCUAGAAGGAUGUUGGGAGAAAGAAUGUCAUAGGAGUCACUAGGGGCUGGGAGAAUGGAGAUUGGCACAGGACGUCUUCACUGGAGGAAGAUUAUAGGGCAAGACAAGUAUUGCUGAGCUUUACUCAAAAAAGGGGAGCCCUUCUUCAGGACAAAGGGGACUAGCAGCUAUCGGGGCCACCCUUCCUGCUCUAGGAUGGAACAAGCUAUGACCCACAAACCUGGAGGUCAUGGAAGGCUGGUUCUAUCUCUUCCUGGCUCCUUUGUUUAAAGGCCUGACUGGGAGCCUUCCUCUUGGAUGCCUUUCUCCUCUCCAACCAACAGACAAGAUUGCUCUUCAAAGAUGGGAAGUUCUUCAUGAGACACAGCUAUCAGGAACCCAGGCAGAGCUGGAAAAACUGAGAACAGAGGGCACAUAGAGUAGUAGGGAGCCAGUAGGGAGAGGACAGCUUUACCUAAGGCCUCAAAACAAGGAUGGCAGAAGAGGCAGAAGACAUCCCCUUCCUGGGUCCAUAUCACCUCACAGAAGAGAGCAGCAGACCAUAUUGCAAGGGAGGUAUAUUUUUUGAUGACAGGCAGUGUGGCAGAGUGGAACAAAUAUGGGCCUUGGAAUCCAACAGACAGAAUCUGAAACCUGCCAUCUGCUAGCUACGUGACCUUGGUCCAUUUUAACCUCUAAAACCUCAGUUUUCUUACCUGCAACACGGGGCUAGUAAUACAUACCUUGAAGAGUUGUUCAGAAAAUUAAAGAGUAUGUAAAAUAUAUCUGGCACACAGUAGGCACACUACUAACAGCCUGGCACCCAGAAGGCACUUAGUAAUUAUUUAUUGAAUAAAUGAAGUAGCUAUUUGGUG